UGUCAGCAAGAAUUGUUAGAUUUCAUGAUAUUUAUUUCAUAGCUUCAGUAUUCAUGCAACAGGGAUUUUCUUCAUCAUUGGUCAUGGUGUUUCCUGUUUAUUCUUCCCAGGUACCUACACAGUAACAAGCUCACUGGGCUAAUUCCACCUGAAUUGGGGAACAUGUCCAAGCUAAGCUAUCUGUGAAGGAAAUUGAACAACAAUGAACUGGUUGGUAGCAUUCCAGCCGAGCUUGGAUAGCUGGAAUUGUUUGAAUUGUGCAUGGCAAAGAUUGAAUGGUUCCAUUCCAUCUGAAUUCCUGAAGCUGGAGAGUCUAACAUAUCUAAACUUCUCAUCGAACAAUUUCAAAGGGUGGAUCCCUAUUGAGUUAGGGCGCAUAAUCAAUCUUGAUACUCUGUCGGUUGCAAUGCAAGCUUUCAAUGAUUAUGACGAGAAAGAGGACUUGUACUACCCUUUAAAAAAAUCUCUUAUAUUGAUUAUUUUACAGGCCUUUGCUCAACUAUUGCAAGCUCCUCAUGAUGAUGCUCAAAUUAUCAUAACAGAUUGUUUCCCUGUCCCCAUAUUGGUUAUUUGUGAUCAGCAUGGUUCCCAGGUUUGUAAAUGUCUUUUGGCUUCAACCUGUGAAAUAGACCACUCUACUUUUAAUUCCUUAAUAUAAUUUCCAUGGAGGUG